AUGGGUCGUCGCCGAAGUAGUAACAAGCCUCCACCAAGGCGGAAAGCUAUUGUCCCACUUGACAAAGUGUUUAAUUGUCCUUUCUGCAAUCAUGGUCGAUCUUGUGAAGUUAUCUUGCAACGGGAUAACAAUAUUGGUUACAUUAAGUGUACAAUAUGUUUAGAAGACUUCCAGACUAAAAUAAAUUAUCUUAGCCAAGAGAUUGAUGUCUACAAUGAUUGGAUCGAUGCUUGUGAAGAAGCAAAUGCCUAAUGCAGACACCUAAUAUUUAUAUGGGUUUAUUAUGCGCUGUACAGAAGACGACGGGCAUUUCACUGUACAACAGCAGGCAGUGCAAAAUAUGCUUUAGAUGACAAUCGACUUCUUUCAUGUUUCGUAAAUACGAC